AUGCGUUUCAUCUCCAUCGCCUUUAUGGCUAUUAUAGGCGUUACUUUGGCUGCGGACAAGCCCCCUGUUAUGAUUGGCGCCGGAUUCCCCUGCAAAGCCGAUGGCAGCGCAGGAUACUGUGCUAGCGGUUCCUGCUUGCAACUUGCUCACGAGAAUGAGGGACGGAAUACGGAAGUCCACUCGAGGCGGCCAUCCGAACACACAGAGAUUCUAACGUUUCUGCUGGAUUAA